AUGAGACAGCCGAACCUCCUCCACGCGCAAUCGAACCUACAAGAAACCACGCUGAAACCGGAGCUCCCCUGCAGCAGAGACGAAAACGACGGGUCUCCAGAAGCAGAGCGACGACAAGGCAGGGAGAGUGAAGGGGACACCGGUGAAGCAAAAGAGAAAACAAAGAGACAAGGGCAGAGGAGAAGCCUCCGGUGCCGGAACCUGCGCUCACGCGCUGUCCGUACCGGAGCGAGUGAGAUCUACUUCUUGGUUCUAUACAUUCUUUUCAUCUUUCAUCUUCAUUACAAUUUCCCUUCCGUUAGGUCACGGUCUUACUCAGUUUAUACGAACAACGAGAGUCUUCAUCUCAACGAGUCAAAACCAGAUGCUAAUGGGUUUGAAGGAAAGGCGCGAGAGUUAGCUGUCGUUAUAAAAAAAAGAGGCAUUGGAGGAACUGGUGGAGGCGGCGGUAGCAUCACGGGAGGAAGUGGCGGCGGCGGUAGUAGCAUGGGAGGAGGAAGUGGCGGCAGCGGAAGCAGCACGAGUGGAGGAGGUGGUGGCGGCGAUAGCAGCACGGGAGGAGGAGGUGUCAGCGGUCAAAGCUGGUCAAACGGCGGACGACAUUUUGGUUCGAGUUAUGUUGGUGGUAAUGGUACUCGUGGACCGCAUCGUUCAAGCGGCAGCCAGAAUAUACGAGGGGCAGUAUGUGCGGCCGGUUGGUUGGGUUUAUCGGUUUUAUCCGGUUUAAUAUUGGUUUAGAAAGAUUUAUAUAUUGGUUCUCCAUUUUAAGGGGUGUAUAUGUGUUGAAGUCCGGUCAGUUGUGUUUUAGUUGAUGGGUAUGCCGUAUGCACGGUUUGUAAAGUGUCAAUGAUAUUCAGCUAGUAUUUUUUUGUGAAAUUUCGCAAAGCAGUUAUUCUUAAUUAAAA